AUUGCUGUUAUAUGAACUGUUCACAAUUUUCUUCUUCUCCUUUUUUUCUUUCUAUCUUUACAAUCCCAACUGCCUUCAAUUCAAAUUCUAAUAUAUAUAAAAAAUUUUCAAUGACGAUCGACUUCGAUUCAACGCGAGUUCAAGCCUAUUAAUAUCUCUUGAAUUCCACUCAAUUGACAGUGCGAUUUUCAAAGACGAUCGAGUCGAUAUCGCGGAGCAUGACAAGAGAACCUGACGAGGUUGCAACAGCUGCCUCAGCUACGUAGAGAUGAAGACGGGCCAAGCUGAAACUGGGAGAUGUGGGAUCAGCUGCCGGAGCUGAUACUGACGCAGAUAUUCAGUCACCUCGGUCAUGGAGACCGUGCCAAUGUUGCACAAGUCUGUCAGCGAUGGAACCGUGCACUUUCGUCGCCAAUUCUUUGGCGUUCCGUCACAGUCUUCAUCGAUCGUGAUCUGCGUGGUGAUUUCCCUUUGGCGGGAGAAUUAGCCGCAAAAUAUGGACAGCACAUACGAAGCCUGGAACUCGCCUGGUCACGACCGUAUCUCUUGCCAAGAGAAGCUCGCAUAACUCGUAAUAUUCAAGCCGAGGCAGGCGCUGAUUUCCUUACGAUCGUACGAGCCAAGAAUGUUCAGUUAAGGAAGCUGAUACUCACCGAUUGGAUAUUCAUUUGUAAAUGGGGGAACAGGGGCAAACUGUUGUACGCCCUUGCUAAUUUUUUAGGUUGUCAACAUAAUUUGGAAACGCUUAGCCUGCUGAAUGCAACUCUUGGAGUGAGCGACGUGUUGCGACUUCUUGCCAGUGCUUCGAAAAGUUCCACCGAGCAUUUGGCAUAUCUAGAUCUUCGGGGUGCGUUUCGAGAAUGGCAGGCGCCUCACAGCAAUCCAAGAUACUUGCGUCUGCUUGGCCGAUUUCGCGCGUUGACAAUACUCAGGCUCGAUUAUCCAGCCUUGUCCGACCAGACUUUAAUCGCCUUAACGAAUGCAGCGCCAAGAGUGUUGAAAACGCUGCACAUAUCGGUGAGAGAUUCUGAUUCCAGACAUCACACGAUCACCGACACCGCCUGGCACAAUUUGGUACUCGUCUGCCCGGAGCUCACAGUGUCCUACACUAUAGUUAACAUAUCCCAUUACGAAGAUAUGUGCUACUUCCUACUGCCCAGCGUGCCAUUGGCUAGGUUUCAAAUGUUCAGCGGUCAUGUGUGGGAUCAGAGCAGAUCUCGCAAUUUCAGAAGCACUGUUGGAUUACUUAUUACCCAUUACACCAACACGCUAGCGGAAGUAAUGUUACAACUGAGAAACAAUCGUGAGAUGCUCGAUGAUUUGCUCGUAUCGAUGCUGGUACGUUGCAAACACCUAACAAGAUUACAAUACGACGGUAUAAUAAGAAGUCUUGAUACUUUGCGGGACAUCUGCCAGCUUCAAGCUGAAAACAAGACUCAUUUUCGUACGAUCCAUGUGAAACCACGUAACGUUAACGCCCGGAAUCGCGCCAUUUUGAACGACAUCAACUACCAUUACGACCACAAGAUGAUGGAACAAGGAGUAGAUUUCCGUAUCGAAGAUCCGGCCUCGGUUUUGGUGUUCUACUGAAAUGUUAAUUUCUCAGCUGUCCACCGGUAUCUGUCCCACUCGAGUCUCUGGUUAUUAAGGCCAAAAAAAUAAAACAUUGUCCGCCCUUCA